AUGGAGAAGCUCAUUUUUUCGCUUGUAGUCUCCGCGAGAAAACUAAGGCCCUACUACCAAGCACACCGGAUAAUUGUCAGAACAGAAUUUCCUUUAAGAUUGAUCCUUCACAGCCCCGACGCUUCUCAGCGACUCAUGAAAUGGGCUAUUGAACUCAGUCAAUACGAGCUCCUCUACCGGCCGAAGACUGCUAUAAAAGCCCAAGCUUUAGCAGAUUUUGUUGUAGAAUUUACUCCGACAGCCGAAGAAGAGAAGAUGGUCACGAAAAGCAAGGAAAAAGCAGACGACACCUCCCCUACCGAUUCAAACCUACCUAACGACAUGUGGCAAUUGCAUGUAGACGUAGCAUCAAAUCACAAAGGAGCAGGGGCAGGCGUCGUCAUAAUCACCCCAGACGGAACCUUGUUGGAACAAGCCAUCACACUAGGCUUUUCUGCUUCAAACAACGAGGCAGAAUAUGAGGCAUUGCUCGCAGGACUGCGCCUAGCAAAAGAACUGACGAUCAAGAGAUUAGCCAUCUACUCAGACUCCCAGCUGAUCACGAAUCAAGCCUCAGGCGAGUACAUGGAAAAGCAUCCAAGAAUGAUCCAGUACCUCGAAAAAGUCCAAGGACUUUUGAAAGAAUUUCCUACUUUCACCAUCCAACAAGUUCCACGGGCAGAGAACACUCAUGCAGAUGCGUUGGCAAGCCUAGGAUCAGCGCUAGACAGCCAGUUCAGACGCUCCAUCCCAGUCGAACACCUUGACCGACCAAGCAUAGAAGAAAUAGAGCCAAUCAACUCAAUGCAGAUCGAUGAAGACCCCAGCUGGCAAGACCCCAUCAUUGACUACUUGGUCAAUGGAAAUUUGCCAACGGAUAAGUCCGAAGCUAGGAAGGUCCAACAGAAAGCCGCGAGAUAUUACAUGCAAGGCGACAAGCUCAUUCGCAUAUCAUACUCCGGCCCUCAUCUCACUUGCAUAAAGUACCCUCAAACACUUGAGGUCCUCUGCAAAAUUCAUGACGGCGAGUGUGGCAACUACUCUGGGGGCAGGUCACUCGCCCAGAAGGCUCUAAACGUAGGCUAUUUCUGGCCUACUAUGCGCCAUGACUCCACUGAAUAUGUCAAAAGAUGUGAUCGUUGCCAACGAUAUCCUCAAGGCAACGGCCAGGCCGAGGCAUCCAAUAAAAUAAUAUUGGACUGUCUAAAGAAGAGAUUAGAAGGCGCCAAAGGAAAAUGGGUAGAUGAGCUCCCUGGCGUACUAUGGGCUUAUUGCACCACCAAGCGAAGAUCAACAGGUGAAACCCCGUUUUCCCUCGCCUAUGGAACUGAAGCGAUCAUUCCUCCUCACAUCAUUGUCCCCUCUAUAGGCAUCGAAGUGGGCAGUAUUGAGCAGAACUCCGAGCAGAUGAGACUCAACCUUGACUUACUUGAAGGCGAGCGCGAGAACGCCAUUGUCCGAGUCGCCUCCUAUCAACAGCGGUUGAAGUCUUACUAUGACAAAAGAGCCAAGAUCAGACAGUUUCAACCAAGUGACCUUGUGCUAAGAAAGGCCUUCAUCACUACACAAAGACAAGGGUCUAAAAAGAUGAAACCUAAUUGGGAAAGCCCUUACAUAAUCAGCCGAUCCGGGGGCAGAUGA